AAGGUCUUAGAAAAAGGAAGCUGAAUAGAGUACACAAGCUUUCUUUCUCUUUGCCUGCCAGCCUGCCUCUAGCAGACUGACUCUCCUAGGCAGGGUGCCACUGCGUUCAGGGCACGCACUGUGUGAAAGGCUGGAAAAGAUCUACGCACCACCACGGAAAGAAAGAGCCAUAGGCAAAGAGGCUUUCUUUCCCCACACACCCCCUGUUUUCUCCUCCUUUGCUAUUACUAGCUUGAAGGCUUCUUUGCCCAUGUAAUGCACUCGCUCACCCAGGAAAUCAAAUCUUUCUCCAGGACUAAUCUGAAGAAACAAUGCACCAGAGUGACUACUCUAAGUGGGAAGAGAAUCAUAGAGACCUGGAAGGAUGCUCGGAUGCACGUGGUGGAAGUAGCGGAUGGUAACGAUGGGGAUGGCUGUGGUUAUGUGCAAGACCUGAGUCUGGAUCUUCAAGUUGGUGUGGUGAAGCCCUGGCUGUUGCUUGGGUCACAAGAUGCUGCCCAUGACCUGGAGACAAUGCAAAAAUACAGGGUUACCCACGUUCUCAACGUAGCCUAUGGAGUUGCAAAUGCCUUCCCCAAUGACUACAUAUAUAAGACCAUUCCUAUUCUUGACCUGCCAGAGACUGACAUUGCCUCCUAUUUCCCUGAAUGUUUUGAAUUCAUUGAGCAAGUCAAAUUAAAGGAUGGUGUGGUACUCGUUCACUGUAAUGCAGGAGUCUCUCGCGCAGCAGCUAUCAUCAUAGGCUUCCUAAUGCACUCAGAAGGACUCAAUUUUUCCAGGGCCUUUACUUUGGUGAAAAAUGCAAGACCUGCUAUCUGUCCAAAUCCUGGCUUCAUGGAGCAACUCCACAAAUACCACCAGUGCAAUAAUAAAAGCAUGGAAACCUAAAACAAUAUAUAAUUAUGAAAGAGGAAAGAAUAGCCUUUGUGCUUGCACUGUACUGAGAGAAGCUGUUGGUUUUUCUUUUUUUACUGCGUUGUAAUGAGAUGCCCUGAAUUACACCUCUAAAACUGUUGUUAUAAAGUUAGCUUCACUCUAUUCAUGUAUAAUUUUAAGUUCACAACACUUCAAAAUAAAUAUUCUGUGGUUUUUUUUAAUUUUCAAAAAAAGGGGAUAGAGCAAUAAAGAAUCAAAAUGGA